AUGAAGACGAUUGGAAUCUUUCCCGCAUCAGGCGGACUAGGCGAGAGCACCUACACGCAUCUGCUCCGAUUGGUGCCCGCCGACACGGUGAUCCUCAUCAGUCGACACCCGGACAAAAUCCCGCGCGAGCACGUCCAGGCAGGCGUCCAGACCCGCCAGGCCGACUACACUCAAUCUUCUUCCGAACUCGAGGCCGCCUUCGCGGGGGAUCGAUGUCCUCUUCCUGAUCUCAUAUCCAAGCCAUCAGCACGAGCUUCGGACCAAGGCAUAUCCCACAAUCAUCUAUCAGCUCGCUCGGCCUUCGCCAACGACCCCUCCGGCCACCCAUCAACCACCUCCGUCGCCGAGGUCAUGGGCGCCCACCUCGACAGCGAAGCCCACCUCGCUUCGCUCGCCGCAUCCUCCUCCUCCUCCCCUAAGUUCACAUACACCGUCAUCCGCGAGGGCCUGUACGCCGAGUCCACCCCGAUCUACACGGCCUUCUUCAACCCGCGGACGUCGUCCAAGGACUGCAACGAAAUCCUCAUCCCCCACGAUGGUGGGGGUAGGGGGGUUUCGUGGGUGAAGCGCGAUGAGUUGGGCGAAGCGACGGCAAGGAUUAUUGCGCGGUUUGUGAGUGGUCCGGAGGGGUUUGCUGCGCGGGGUUGGGUUAAUGGGAGGGUGGUUCUCACGGGUACGAGGGAGUGGACGUUGGGGGAGACGGUCAAGGUGCUUGGGGAGGUUGCUGGACGGUCGGGGGAGGGUGGGGUGAAGAUUCGGGAGGUUGGCGUGGAUGAGUAUGUGAGGCAGCCGCAGGUUUUGGGGGUGUUUGGGAGGGAGGAGUUGGCCAGGACGUGGGCUACUGCGUUUGAGGCUGUGAAGAAGGGCGAGACGGGGGCGGUGACGGGGGAUCUGGAGGCGAUUCUGGGACGCAGGCCGGAGGAGUUUGAUGUCACGGUGAAGGAAUACUGGGAGGGUAUCGCAAUCUAUGGCUCAUCACCUAACCAAAGUCCCAGAACCCGUUGA